ACUCCCGUUAUCUUCUUCAGGCACUGACACAGCGGCUGGCCGGCAGUGGAGCUGUCUGCAUUUAUAUUUUAACCGAGAAAUAAAAUAGCUAGAGAUAUAAUCUUCCUCCUGAGAGGACCGUCUUUUAAACGGUGCGACGCAAUAACGGAUUUAGUACGGGUGUCACGCCCACUCUGCUCGGUAACGUUAAAACGGUACCGUACGGUAAGUUAGCUCCGCUUCAGCUAACCCAGCCAGCAAGCUAGCAGGCGCUGUUAGCCCUACAGUAAUGUAUAAUGAAGAGGACCUGCCACUACUGCUCUUUCACUGCCUGGCUGUCGCCUGUUAGCUCCCAAACUAGCACUAUAGUCUGCGUUGUCAGACCCCAUCGUGAGACAAGACUGUUACUGUAACGGCAGUUAUGCUAUCUUAAAUCGCUAGCAGAUUGACUAGGGCGUUUCUGUCAUUCUAUCACUGAAUUUUUAAUGUUCGACCCUUUUGGCAUUACUGUCGGAGGAGAAAGCGAUGGGCUCCGGGUCAGUGGAUUCGUCCCAGUGGCUUUCAGUAAAGGAGGAGACAAUAUUUCUCCACGACGGACUCAUUCGGGUCACAGAUCUGGCCGAACUGCCCAGUGAAAUUGGAGUGUCAGAACAGGGGGACACUGAGCAAGAGAUUCUUACAUUUGAGACGAAGAAUCCUAUAGAGCUUGCUGAACGCCUGCGUGCUGUCUGUGGGAAUCAGAGCAAUGCGUACGCUCGUCUCUUGGAGUACCGCCUCAAUGCCCUGCGUGGCCUGUGGGGGGCGCAACGGCAGCUGGCCCUGGAGGAGCAGCAGGACAGAGAGGGGACUGGAGGUGCUGAUGAGGAGACCUUGGCCUUGCUCAAAAGACAAGGUCUGCUCCAGCAACCUGAGCAGGCACCAUUCACUUCUCGUGUCGGGCUGUUACUGGUCUUUCCCCUUUUGCAAUCCCAAACUCGCAGUGACCCAGCACUCUGUGGUGUCACUGCAGAAGUACUGCUAGCCUGCCUACGGGACUGCCAGCCACUCAGUCUCAGCAAAGAGCCUGCCGACUGCCUCAAUGGCCUUGAGGGACUCUUAUGCUCCUGGCUAGAAGAUGGUGCCCAGGAGUCAGGCCAACCCCAGGGGCAGGCUCGAACACAGAUUCUACACACACAAAGACAGCGGGAAAAUGCUGCUGCUGCACUUGUGGCCCUUGCAUGUGCCAGGGGUUCCUUGAAGACCCUCAUCCACACAGUUCACCUGCUGCAGAAACAAACUGAUCUAGGCCAUCUCCCGGUAUCAGAUGUGCUUUACAGACUUUUGCUCCUCGAAGGAGGCCCAGGCUCUCCAUCCUGCCUUUUGGGGGGCAAACACAGUGUAUCCUGGGGUUUUGAGGACAUGCUGCCCACACCUGAUAAUUCUGCUGGAGGAACAGAGAGUAAAGACACAGACCUAGGUCGCUGUCUAGCCACAGAUGGGCUAUAUCUAUAUACCACCAAUUCCUCUGGGAGAGGGCUCAGCAAGCUUGGGUCUGGUUUACAUGGGACACUGAGGGGUUUUGUGUAUUGUCGAAAUGAAGAGCUGGAGCCUGGCUGGGUUGUGUUCAGCAGUGGUCGCCUCCUCCACCGUCCAUCCUCCUUUGAUGCCAAGCCUCAUCAGCUGUGCCAGGUUGUUGACCCCUUCACCCUACAGGUGUGCCAGAUUGUGCCCAUGCCAGCCCAUCACUUCCCUGUUGGCAGCAGCAUGACCACGCUGCACCUCUGUUCAGAUGGAACCUACCUGUACUGGAUCUGGUCCCCAGCCAGUCUCAAUGAGAAGACACAGAAAGGCCACUCUGUCUUCAUGGAUGUCUUUCAGCUUUCGACUCAGACAGGGUUGUGUGUUGUAGACGUUUUACAGGAGAGGGUUAUCCUUACUCGCAAAGAGGGCGAGUCUUCCAAGUGCUUGAAUGAACUUCUCCUGAGUCGAAUGUCACGCUUCCGGGCCUCCCAUUCUGCCACAUUGGCUGCUCUCACAGGCUCUGCAAUCACCAACACUGUUAAAGAGGAGCAGUCUGCUGUCAACACCAGCUGUGGCCUCCCUCUAAAGACUCUGAGAAAAACCCCGAUGUAUGUGUGUGGAACCUAUCUUGUUAUGCUGGUCUCACCUCCUGGUGUAUCUGGUAGCUCUGCCACACGAUCCCUAUUUGGAGGUACCAGCAGCCUAUCUUCUCUUAAAAUUUUAGCCUCCAGUCUCGACUUUAACCUGGCUGAUGGUCAGUUCAGCAGCCGCGCAGACCUCAUUGAUGCCCCUGGCAGUUCUCUCGGCAGGGGAGCACAGGUAGCAGGACUUGGAGCAUGUUAUGAUGCACUGAACAACUUGAUCUGGACCUGCUCCAGUGAUUACAUAGAUCAGUGGUGCAAUCCUGGGAACCAAGCUUUUCAUCACGUGUGCCAUAGGCUUGGUGUUAGCCAUGUCAUCAAAGAGCCCAAAGAGGAGACAGUGGCAACUGGCGAGGUGAUCAACCAGCUGCUUCAUCAUGUAGGUGCUAUGUGUAUCCACCAGCUCAACCUGCUAGCAGCCAGCAGUAACAGCUUGCCCCUGGGAGCCCUGCUGGGUAAACAACAUCCCAUUGAGGCCCGUCAUUUCAGCAGCAUCUGUGACAUUAUAGAGAAAGCCAUGGUGAAUGGAGAUACCUGCAUCAUCCGCUGCAUUUUGGUGGUGUUCCAGGUGGUUUUCAGGUUUUUCAAUCCUCAGUCGGAGCAGAAUAGGGAGAGUGUUCGCCGUUCAGGCCUACUCCUGUGGCAGUUACUCAUGGCUCCAGUGGAUCAGAUAGGAACAGAGAUUCAGAAAGAAGUGUGUCUGGCCAUUAGCUCAGGCCUGAAUACUUUGUAUCAGGGGGAGGCUGAACUCAACAAACUGCUGAAACUGGUUCUAACUGAAGGUGAAAGAAACAGUGGUUUGUCUCAACUUCGGGAUGUCAUUCUUAACAACCUGGCAGACCAUCUACAGAAGAAUAGAUUCGGGAGCGAAGAAGAUGACCACUACAUACUAAAUGAUGAACUGUUGCACUGUAUCCUUAAGACUGUAGUCCGGGAAUCCUGCCUCCUCAUCACCAAAUGUCAGACUGUUGCCAGAGAUGACUUCCAGAAGCUGCUCUCCACUGUGCCAGUGGUCUCACCUAGCCUGCGCUACCUCAUGGCUGUUCAAAAUCACCUCCUUAGUAAUACCAUUCUUAUCCGUCCGGAUGAUAAUGAGGACAGUGACAGCUCCCUACAAGGGGAAACAAUGAAGGUACAGGAAUUGCAAAGCAGCAUCCUAUCCCUAGCAACUAAAAUUCUGGUUGGAUGUGAUGAAGUAUUGGAGACCCUGCAGCAGGUGACCACAGCUCUGAUUAACAGCGACAUACUUGACAGAGAGAACAGGUUAAAGGGUUUGGAACAGGUUACCAAGGCCACUAUGCUUGGACACCUACUGCCUGUCUUGCUGACCUCUCUGAUGCACCCCAACCUGCAGACCCUCACCCUUGCUGAUGCUCUGAUGCCUCAGUUGGUCCAGCUGGUGCUCUAUACCAGCCAGACCGCCCUGUUACUAAAGACUCUGUCACCAAUUUUUACUGACGAGCCUCCACCAGUGGGUGGAUCUUUAGGGCAAGGAGCGAAGGCAUAUACUGUGGAUGACAAAAUCCUUGAUGAACGUGAGGAGCCAGGUUUCCUAACUGGACUAAAGAUUCCUGCUCCGUGGGCUGCCGGAAAAACGGUAGAGACAGUGCAUCCUGUGAGGGAUAACUACAAGUUCAAAGAGACAGUACACAUCCCAGGAGCCCGCUGCCUAUACCUACGCUUUGAUUCUCGCUGCUCCUCACAGUAUGACUAUGAUAAGUUGGUUAUCUAUGCUGGCCCAAACACCAACAGUCGUAAAGUUGCGGAGUAUGGAGGUAACACUCUGGGGUAUGGAAGUCGCAGUGUCUUGGGGACAGGAUGGCCCAAAGAUCUUGUUAAGGUAACAGAAGCUGUUUUGAAAAAUGUUUAUAGCAAACACGUUUCUGUUACUGACAGAGCCAUUUUUCACCCGUUGUUCUGUGUUUUUAAGGUUGAAGGAGACACUGUUACUUUUUCUUUUGAGAUGCGAAGUGGACGUGAACACAACACUCCUGACAAAGCCAUGUGGGGCUUCUCCUGCACCGUCAGAGCACAGGAGUCCUCUGAAGAUGUCUCUGGAGGCCUCCCCUUUCUUGCAGACCUUGCACUUGGUCUGUCAGUGCUGGCUUGUUCAAUGCUCCGCAUCCUGUAUAAUGGGCCAGAGGUAACAAGAGAGGAGGAUGCAUGCCACGAUUUGCUCUGCUCAAAGUUGCUACAGAGGUGUCAGUGGCAGGUGGAAGCAAAUGGAGCAAUUUCUCCAGCGCUCACACCUAGCCCUUCACCCUUGCCACUUACCAUUGAGGAAGACCGGGAGUUCACCUAUCCUGCUGAUGUGCUCAUCCCACCUCCAGGCCUUAUGCCUGGGACCUACUUUGACUUGCCUCGUAUCCGCCUUCCACCAGGGAUCAUGAGUAGGUUGAGAGAAGUUUCUGGAAGGGCUCGACCACAGUUCCGUCCUAGCAUCAAGGAGGUGAUACGACCAGAUGUCAUGGAAGAGGUUAUUGUAUCCUGCGUUAUAAAACAUCUGAGUCUGGUGGAUUCCCUUCAGUCACUUGUCAAUUACCAGUACCGGGAAGAUCAUGCAGAGGAGUAUGACUUGGUCUGUAAAAUCAUGGCUGAGACAUUCAAGAAGAUCAAUGCUAUGGAGCGCCAGCUGCAAAGUGUGGCAGAAUUGGAGCAGAAGUGGCAGAAUGAGGUAGAGGAGGCUCAGCAAGGAAAACUGGAGAACAACACCCCUUUCUUCCAUGACUACCACUUCUUUGAGAACAAAAUGAAAGAGUUGGAAUUACUCUGCUCCUUGAAGGAAACUCCAUUUGAUUUUAGUGACUUGGAAAAUGUUGUCCUUGCAUUGAGGGAGAAGUUCUUUCAUGAGGUGAACACCUCACACAUCAGAAGCAUCACCCCACUUGCCAAAACUAAAACACUGGUAAAAAGUCUGAUGAACCGCUCUGAGCUGCUUCUCCAUGUUACUAUUGCUCCACAUUGCAGAAGCCUAACAAACACACCUUCUGGAACAUCAGGUCCAGCUUCUAAGUCAGUGUCAGAUGCCAAAACUGUGAUCCCCAUGGUCAAGCAGCCAGUCUUCUUGCGUAGCAUGUCUGCACCUUCUGACUUGGAAAUGAUUGCUAACCAAGACAUGGAGUUUACACAUGCUUCACAGAGAAGGCGGCACCAUCCAACCAGUCACCGCAGCAGCUCCUUUACCCUGCUGCAGUCUCUGGCUAUAGAAGACAGCCGAGACAAACCAACAUACAGUGUGCUGUUGGGACAGCUCUUUGCUUUUAUUGGGACUACACCUGAUCAGGCUGUGUCGAGCAGCAGCUUUCUGUCUGCUGCACAGACACGUUGGAGACGAGGUAGCACGCGGAAGCAGGCACUUGUUCAUAUGAGGGAGUUGCUUACUGCUGCUGUUAGAGUGGGUGGGGUCACACAUCUGGUGGGGCCUGUCACAAUGGUGCUGCAGGGUGGUCCAAGGAUUGAGGAGCUGACCUGUGGGGGAAUGGUAGAGCAGGUUCAGGAAGCCUUUGGAGAGACCAUGACGUCUGUAGUGUCACUAUGUGCUCGCUACCCCAUUGCUUGUGCCAACAGUAUUGGCUUGCUUUGCACAAUUCCCUAUACCAGGAGUGAGGAGCAGUGCCUUGUUCGAAGUGGUCUUGUUCAGCUUUUGGAUAGCCUGUGUAGUUUAAGUGGUCAGAGGGAAUGUAGCUCAAAUGAGAAGCAGACUAAGAAGCAGAAGGUGGCCACCAUGGCUUGGGCUGCCUUUCAGGUGCUGGCCAAUCGAUGCAUUGAGUGGGAAAAGGUUGAAGGUGGUUCUACAGAUGCAGUUCAUUCUGGUCUGGCAAGGCAGGUGUCCAGUCUGCUGACCAAUCACCUGGCUAGAGCAACAGAGUGCUGUGGGAAUCAGGCAGCUGGUAAUGAUGCUUUACAGGAUGUGCUCAGUCUGCUUAAUGAUCUUUCCAGGAGCCACAUAGGGAAAGCUAUUCUGAGCCAACCUGCUUGUGUUUCUAAGCUCUUGUCUCUGCUGCUUGAUCAGAGACCAUCUCCAAAGCUAGUACUUAUCAUCCUGCAAUUGUGCCGAGCUGCCCUGCCUCUCAUGAGUGUGGAGGACUGUGGUAAUGUGGCUCUGCCCUCAUGGAGCUACUCUAUUAACACCCUAGAAGCUGAGCAGCAAGAUGCCAGUGACCCAGCCUCACGGAUUGCUGCCUUGCUGCUAGCUAAGCUGGCAGACUACGUAGUACCAGGCUGUCAGACCCUCCUCUCCCCCAGCGCCUCUGAGCCAGACACAAGUCUGUCUCGUGCCAGUUCAAAAGGAGCUCUCAAAUCAGAUGAUGUUGGAGAGGAGGCUGAGGCGGUUGAUGGCAAGCUGUCAAUCUUUAUUCACAAGAGGGAGGAUCAGUCAUCUCACGAGGUUCUGCAGCCACUCCUCAGCAGCUCCGAGGGCCGUCCCUUUCGACUUGGCACAGGAGCAAACAUGGAAAAAGUGGUGAAGAUGGACAGAGAUAUGACAAAGAAUGGCAGCUGUGAGGUGAUUACAGAAGAGGCGUCUGCUGCCCUGAGGAAGGCCAACAAGUGGGCUCAAUCUGGACUCAUAGUGAGUGUUGGUCCACCUGUUGAGACAUUGGCCCAAGAAACUGCAGGGGGCAUAACUGCCGGUGACAAGAAGAAAACUGCACAGACUGCUGUUUGUAGAGACCGGAAUGCUGAUUUGGCCAGAUCAGACCCUGUCCGGCCAUUUAUCAGUGGCCAUGUUGCCAAUAGCAUGGCUGCAGAGGUUAUUGCCUUGCUGCAUAGUCUUCUCACCGCUCCAGAAUCCAACACGGCACAAAUCUGGACAAGUACUGUGGAAAAAGUCCUUUCCCGUGCUCUAAUGUUCAUCCCUCAGCUGGGGAAGUAUGCUGAAAGUAUUUUGGAGAAUGGCAGCAGCAGUGGCAGAAAACUGGCUAAACUGCAGGCCAUUGGUAGACAGGCUGUUGCCGCACUCUGUGCACUUGGAGGCUUCAAAGAAACCAUUAAGAUUGGUUCUGAAGUCCAGGUGGUAGGUAAAGGAGUGCUGGGGAGUGUGGGCAUAGUUAUGUCCAUAAAUGAGCAGGAGGGCAUUGCUACUGUUAAGUUUCCUUCCUGUGAGUACAGGAGAGCUUGCAAAGCCUCAGACAUCCUCACAGUUCCAAUAUCACGCCUCUGCACUCCAAGAUCUGAGGCUCUUCCCCUUUAUAAGCUCUCAAUCACAGAAAAGGUGGUUCAAGCAGUGCAGUCUAUGCUUCUGCCACAAGAGGGCAGUCUUUCCAUUCACACUUCUCUACCAGCUACAGGAGAUGGCUCCAGCCCAGUCAUGGCUGCAGUGCGGCUGCUUGCUGAAAUCAGAACUAGGGCUUGUUUGGUUAUGGCACAAUUACUGGAGGAUAGCUCCUUCUGUGAAGAGUUCAUACAGCAAUGCCCAGCUGCUGUUGAGGUUCUCAACCUAGUAGCCCAGGAGUGCAGCCCUGGAGAGCGUCUCAGCAUGGUUGAGGCUCAGUGUGAAAGAGUAAGGAUGCUGUACAGGGACUGUGCUAGGCCACCACCUCCACCACUGCAAACAGACAGACGGCAGCCCAAAGAAAUCACUUGGUGUCCAUCCAGAGUUUUCCCUCCAGUCCGUGCCUGCAUGUUUUCAUCCCGCCUUACCUCUGUCACCUUCUUGGCUGAUCCAAGUGCUGGAGGAGGGCUGCCCCGCGGAACUUUCAUUUAUGCCACCUCUCCUGUACCUAUUCAGGCACCAUCCUUUUACUGGGAGAUAGAAAUUGUCUCCUAUGGAGACUCUGAGGAGGACAGUGGCCCAAUUGUGUCCUUUGGUUUUGCAACAGAGGCAGAGAAGAGAGAUGGAGCAUGGACCAACCCUGUUGGCACAUGUCUGUUUCACAAUAAUGGUAGGGCAGUGCAUUAUAAUGGUUCCAGUUUGCUGCAGUGGAAGAGUGUCCGGCUGGAUGUGGCUCUACUCCCUGGUGACGUUGCUGGAAUUGGAUGGGAGCGUUCUGAGGGUACUCCUCCACCACCUGGUCAGGCCCCUAAAGGCAGAGUCUACUUUACUUACUGUGGCCAGCGACUCGGUCCUGUUCUUGAUGAUGUAGCAGGCGGAAUGUGGCCCCUGGUACACAUUCAAAAGAAGAACUCAAAGAUUCGUGCCAACUUUGGAAACCGCCCUUUUGCAUAUGCAGAAGGCCAAGCACACAGGAAUGCAGCUGACUUGUGUGUAGACCUUGCAGAGGAAAUAAGUGCAAAUUUUGAAGCACUUCCCUUUGCCAUGGCCUCGGACAGCGAUAAUGAUGCAGGUGCAAGUGUUACCUCAGACUCUGGCUCUCAUGGACCGCCUUGUAGGAUAGCAGCUGUUGCAGUUGCCCAGCAACAAUACAACAGCGACCUGUCAUGCUACUACAAAGUGGAGCUGAGCUACGAGAAUCUUGUCACUACUGGUCCUGAGCCUCAUCCCGCACCUAUCGCAGAUGAUGAGAGUGAUGACGAGGAUGAUGAUGAUGCCCCAAGAGAGGAUCACUAUGCUCUUCUAGUGAAGGCCUGGGAGACAAAAGUGUUCCCUACAAUCCGUAGGCGUUUCCGUAAUGAGGCAGAAAGGAAAUCUGGCCUGGAUCAAAUCAAGGGAGCUCUGCAGCUGGGCAUGGUUGACAUUGCAAGGCAGACAGUGGAGUUCCUGUAUGAAGAGAAUGGUGGCAUUCCUCGUGAUCUAUACCUCCCUACUAUUGAGGAUAUUAAAGAUGAGGCCAACAAGUUCACUAUUGACAAAGUUCGCAAAGGGUUGACUGUGGUCAUUCGCUGUCCUGACAGCAACAAUACCAACAGCACUACAGGGGGAACGGCAUUGCCAAAAUUUGCUAUUCGAGGCAUGUUAAAGACUUUUGGUUUGCAUGGGGUGGUGCUGGAUGUGGACUCGGUGAAUGAGCUGGUGCAGGUUGAGACAUACCUACGCAGUGAAGGUGUGCUGGUCAGAUACUGGUACCCUAUUGAGAUGCUUGAGCGCCCACCUGCUGGAUCUCGGCGUACUGCCGCUAAUGGUUUAGUCUCAUUGGACAGUAGCAACAUUCAGAUCCACAGGGAACUUCUUCGCUGUGAAAGUGCGUUGGCCCGCUUGUACUGCCGUAUGGCCUUGCUCAACAUCUUUGCCCCCAAGAACCCCCACACAUUCACUCGUCUCUUCCAUAUACCUGCUAUCCGUGACAUCACGCUGGAACACCUGCAGCUUCUCUCUAAUCAGCUGCUGGCUCCACCUUUGCCUGAUGGCACUAUUAGUUCUAGUUCUAUUCUACUGGCACAGUCGGUGCUUCACAACCUUGAGGGCCAAAGCUGCUCUCCCACAGACCUGUUUUAUCAGGGCAAUGCUCAGCCCAUCCGGGAGUGGUUGACAGUGGCCAUCACUCGUGCCUUGCAUCAAGGAGAGGAGAGUUUACUGGAGCUGACAAAACAGAUCUGUUGCUUCCUACAGAAUGCACCUGAACAGUUUACAUCUGAGGAGUUCCCUGUGACGGAGUCAAAAGUUAGCAUGGAUGUGAGUUUUCCAGGUGCUGCAUUUGUGAUCGUAUCCUGCAAAGAAAGCCAGUUAGGCUGCCGCAAAGACUCAAGCUUGUACAAGGCUCCUUGGGCUCGAGUCAUGGUGUAUGGCCUGGGUCACAAAGUACGCAGAAAUGGUCAGCUAAAUCUGAUGGAGGCUGUGUGUUAUCCUCUGGAUGCCUCACCUACCAACACAGGCCUUACUCCCCCUCCCACCACCAAUCAAUAUCCCUCUGUUAUCAUUCCCACUGAUAAAGUACACAUAAAACUGGGGGUGUCACCUCCACCUGGUGCUGUGUUGGUGCUGCACUCCUUGCCGCUGGAGUUUCCUCUGGCCAUGGCAUUUGCUGAACAACUGUUGACAUGGAAGCUGGGAGAGAGUAGUGAGCGAUCAGAGGAUGAACUGGACACAGUUCCCUCAUCAGUGCUGCUGCAGGUGGUAGAGCUACUAGGUGGUUUGCUCUGGACCACUGAUCUGGCCCCCUCCAUCAAAGAACUCAUCUUUCACUUGUUAGCUGAACUUUUACGGAAGAUCCAUCACUUGGAGCAGCGCAAGAGCCCCGCUGGACUUUCCAGCUCAAUUGCUCUACUACUAAAUCCCUGCCUGGCGGUACUCAUGGCUCUUCAGACGGAACUCCGAAAGCUGUAUGACCGGGAAACUCAGGGAUGGACAACUGGAGGGGCCGGAGCAGGGGGGUCUUCAUCUGGGGGUGUUGCAUUGGUACUUGGAGCAGAACAAAGCCGGUUCUCCACCUACUUCGACGCUCUAAUGGAGGUGUGUCUGGCUGUGGCAGAGGUGACGCUUCCCCUCAAUGUUGGCAGUUCUUCAGUGGGUGCCCUAUCCUCCACCAGUGCCCCUAACCUUAGUGACUCUUCAUCGUCAUCAUCAUCCUCCCCAGGCCAGACCCCACAGAGCCCAAGUCUGCUAUCCAAACGUAAGAAAGUAAAGAUGAAGCGUGAGAGAGCAGCAGCUGCAGUAGCAGCAGUGGUCUCUGGGAAACGAGGCAGUGGAGGAGCAAGGCUGUCAGAGAGUGACAGUGCCCUGCUGAACAUAGCAGGUAGUAAACCUGAGGACAUGCUGUGGUUCCAUCGCUGCCUCACUCUCCUCAUGAUCUUACGACAUCUUGCUAAUAAAGACCCACAGGGUUUAAGUGUAACCAGUGACGCAGUGACGGAUGCCUGUCAGGCGUUGGUCGGCCCCACUGCCCACAGUCGCUUGCUGGUGCUCUCAGGCAUUCCCACACACUUAGAGGAGGCUGUAGUUCGAAAUGCUAUCCGCAGGGCUUGCAAUGCACACGGUGGGCUCUUCAAAGAUGAAGUUUUCAUCCCCCUGCAGGAAGAAGACCCCAAGAAAAAAUCAGGAGCUACAGUGUCAAGCCCUCAGGAUGGCAAAGUGGGUCCUGAACCUGAGCGAACCUUCCCCAACAACGGGGGUCCCGAGAGUCCUGACAGCUCCAGCAGUGUCACUCCAGCUAUGAGUGUGAGUGCUUCAGCUUCCACCAGCCAGACCUCCAUCUGCAGUUCCUCUCAGGGAGUCUCCCGUACUGCUAGUGAACUUUCUGUUGAUCAAGAGCUUUUAGCAGUUCCACCUCUCACGCCUGCUGCUGCAGCUUCUGCUAUAACAUACCCUCAACAGGGCCCCCAAGACUCACAGACAGUUUCUAGUCAGGAGAGUCUAGAUACUUCUCUGUGCAGCACUGGAAGCCUGGGGAGUCUUGGCAGCUUGGGAGAACAUCUGGACAGUGCAGAAACACCAUCUGCAUCGGAUGGGGGCUGCAUGCACACAGUCACUUCAGUGGAGAGCAAUGCAGUCGUGGCCAGGCCCAUCAAAGGCUAUGCUGUCAUUGAGGUUCGGUCUCGAGCGAAGGUAGAAAAGAUUCGUGCUAGUCUUUUUAACAGCAGUGACCUGAUUGGUUUGUCCAGUCUGGGAGGUGAAGAAGAGCUAAUGGAGCUGACCAAUGAAGAGAUCCUCACUGCUUCUAGUGUGAACCAAAGCCUGUUUGACACACAGGGAAGCUCUGCACUUGAAGAUUACUUCCUGGACAAAUCAAUCAAAGGUGACAAGCUUGUACUUGGAGCACGAGAUGUCCUCACGGAUAUUUUUAAAAGCUGUGUGCACUCGGAGCAGAUGCUCAGCCUCACACCGGCCAAACCUGUUAAAGUGUCAGAAAUUUACCUCAGCAAGGAGCAGAUCAACUCUCAGACCCCUGGAAACCUAUUGCAUACUUUCUUCACUAAUGUUGGACCGCCCAAGAAAGUGCUAGAGGACCAACUUACUCAGAUUCUUAGAAAGUAUGGAACUCCCAAGCCAAACAAGAACAAGUACAGCAAGGCAGGAAAAGAACAACAUCAAGGGAAGGUAGUAAGUACCAAGAGACCCAUCACCAAACCCCCCUCCAAGGAAAAAUCUGUGCUCAACAGUGUCAGGACUGCACUGAGUGAGAAGAAGACAGUCCUGAAGCCAAAAUCUCCUGAGAAAUCUCGACCUGAUGAGAAAGAUGUAGAGAAAUCUCCUGCUAAAAAAACUGAAGUCCCAGAGGAGAAGUACUUGACCUUGGAAGGCUUCCAUAGGUUUGCUGUUGAUCGUGCUAAGCAGGAUGUCCGCAGCAUGUGGAGGGCCAUUUUGGCUUGUGGCUAUGACCUUCACUUUGAAAGAUGCACCUGUAUAGAUACUCGUCAUGCCCAGAAGGCCUGUAGAAAGUGGAGCUUGGAAAUGGAUGUGGCACUGGUACAGUACAUUAACAGACUGUGCCGUCACCUGGCAAUCACACCAACCAGACUGCACCCCCAUGAAGUGUACCUGGACCCCAGUGAUGCUCCUGAUCCACGUGUGGCCUGCCUGCUCAAUGUGCCUGUGGAGAGCUUGCGCUUGCGCUUUGCUUUGCUGCAGUCCCUCAACAACACCCUGGAGAGUUUCUUCCUGCCGCUGGUGGAGCUGAGACAGACACAUACAUAUCAGAACAGCAUUGCAGCACUGUUGUGUGAGGCCAAAGGUCUAAUCUUCUAUGACACAAAGGUCACUGUAAUGAACAGAGUAUUGAAUGCCACAGUGCAGCGAACUGCUGACCAUGCUGCUCCAGAGAUUACAUUGGAUCCUCUAGAGAUUGUUGGAGGGGAGAUACGAUCAUCAGAGAACACGUAUUUCUGCCAGGCAGCACGUCAGCUGUCUUGUGUACCAUCAUCCCAGCUCUGUGUGAAAUUGGCAAGUGGAGGAGACCCAACCUAUGCCUUUAACAUUCGAUUCACUGGAGAAGAAGUCCAUGGCACAAGUGGCUCUUUCAGACACUUCCUGUGGCAGGUGUGUAAGGAGCUGCAGAGCUCUGCGCUUUCCCUGCUGCUACCUUGUCCCAGUGCUGCAGCCAACCGUAACAAGGGGAAGUACAUCCUGACUCCAUGCCCUAUCAGCUAUGCAGAAGAACAGUUGUUGCACUUCUUUGGUCAACUGCUAGGCAUAGCCAUCCGUGCAGAUGUGCCACUUCCUUUGGACUUGCUUGGGUCUUUCUGGAAGGGCCUGGUGGGUGAGCCUCUCGAUCCAGAGCAGGACUUGCAAGAAGCUGAUAUGCUGACCUAUAACUUUGUCAAGAAAUUUGAAAAUGUGACAGAUGAAAGUGAUCUGGAGGCCCUGUGUGCUGAAAUCUCCUCCCAGCACCAUUCAGGUGAAAGCCCAGACUCUCCAAGCAGGCCCUGCUGUACUUUUACCUACAUCACUAUGACUGGAGAAGAGGUGGAGCUUUGUGAAGGAGGGCGAAGCUUAACUGUCAGCUGGGAGAACAAGGAUGUGUAUGCACGGGCGGUACGGAGCCUUCGUCUGAGGGAGCUGCAGAACUUGGAGUGUAUGACAGCAGUGCGAGCAGGGCUCAGUUCCAUCAUUCCCCUGCAGCUGCUAACCAUGCUUAGCCCUCUUGAGAUUGAGCUUCGGACCUGCGGCCUACCUUACAUCAACUUGGAGUUCCUCAAGGCUCACACCAUGUAUCAGGUUGGUCUGAUGGAGACCGACCAGCACAUAGAGUUCUUUUGGACUGCCCUGGAGAUGUUCACUCAGGAAGAGCUCUGCAAGUUCAUCAAGUUUGCAUGCAACCAGGAACGCAUCCCAUUCACUUGCCCCUGCAAGGAUGGAGGGCCAGACACCGCCCAUGUUCCUCCAUACCCCAUGAAAAUCGCCCCUCCUGAUGGAGCUGCAGGACAGCCAGACUUGCGCUACAUUCGUGUGGAAACAUGUAUGUUUAUGGUGAAACUUCCCCAGUACACUUCUUUGGAUGUGAUGCUGGAGAAACUGCGUUACGCCAUCCACUACCGCGAGGACCCUCUGAGCGGCUAAGAAGACUUGACAACCCAACAUUCCCAAUCUUUACCCAAUACCUUACCCUUCCUUUAAACCCGUUCUACCCUUCACCCCCCGAUUCUCCUGGACUUUCCUCAGAGACAGGCCUCUAUGUGCUCUGCUGCACCGAUGAGCCACAGUUAUUUCUGAUGGCAGUUAAUGUUUUGUUCAUCCCUCCAUAUUUCUUCCAGUUCACACAAACCCUGCAUUUUGUGCUUAUGCUUGACAGAUAUACUUUUAGGGAAUUCAGGGACGAUCUGAAUCAGGACUGGCAUUGCUAACAAGUCUGAUCCUGUUGCACUGAGUUGUGAGGAUGGCAUUCAGGUGAAACAACUGUAAGAUGUUUUGUUUUUCUUCGCCUUUACCCUUCUCUUUUUUUUUAACAGGAUUGAUAAGGUUCAGUCAGAUAUGUGAAUUUAACAGCUUAAUGGGAUCAUUUCAGCAUUUUGCAGUUGCAUGUUCAAUUCCUGAACAUAUUACCAUUAUGAGCGUGGUCUUGGCAAAACUAGCUAAUAUCCAAGUUGCCCAUGUAGGCAACAAACAUCUCCACUCCUAAUGCUUAUCCCAGCUGCCUCCUUCUGUUUCCCCUCUUAUAGGGGCGAUGUUCCCAACUAUACCUUUGCUGUACGGUCCUCAAUUGAGAGGAUUUUGCUGGUUGUGUGAUAAGAAAAGCCACAUGAUUUUCAUAUAAAAACUUAUGUUUGAGUAGGAGGUACGGUUACUCAAAUAAAAAAAGGAAAUGUGUGGUGAUGCCUAUUUUUGACCACAUUAGCUAGAAGCAGGCAGAUGUAAAGGAGUGCUGUACAGGAUAUCAUGUAGUUUCAAUGCCUGUUUAAAAAGAAAAAAAAGACCUGCUAAUGGACAAACUAACGUAUUGCCUAUAUAAACUGAGUACAUUUUAUUAAAGUCUCUGAAGAGAGGGUAUUUAAGUCUGUAAGAAAUCAUAUUAAUCUAUUAGUUUACAAAAUUACUUUGUCUUUUUUUUGAGUAGCUGUGGCAGCAUGGUAGGUAAGGUGGACUGAAUGAUAACUGAGGCCUGCUGGUUCAGAUAUACUUGCUUUUCAGGAUUGUGAAACCUGUGUGGCUUUGUGAAAAUGGGAUGGCGAUCUCAUGAGCUGCUCUCCUACAUUGUGUGCUACUGAAUGUGCAUCAAUCCCACCUGCUCCCCAUCUCAUACAAUCUACAUACACUGGGGGAGUGGUGGUGGAAAAUCUUGAGUUCUGCCUUGUCAUAGUUUUCCUUAAUGAAAGAUGAACAGAUUUUUUUUAUAUAUAUAUAUAAUUUCUCCCGUAACCAAAUGUUUAACUGUGUAAAAACAAAUUAGAAGACAUGUAAAUAGACAAAAGUUAUCUUUGAUGGCAGGUUUUACUUGCUUCUCACUUCACCUUAUGAUUAUGUUUUUGGUUUGCACUACUCUUCCAAGAUAAGAUUCUAAAAUGAGCAAGAUAGGUGACGUCUGUUGGAUAUCCAGAUUGUUGUGUUGUUCUUUUUUUAAUGAAUUUUGGAAAUACCAACAAUCUUAUCACCUUUGUCUUGUACUCAGAUGGAUUCAAUUUCUUCUACUCAUGGUGAAACAUGUUUUCUUGUGUGAGUAAAAUUGCCAUUUUGCUUGGAUAGAACUGAUAAAACAACAGAACUGACAUUUGGCAAAUUAUAUUGCUGAAUUGCUUGCAAGUUUUGUUUCAGAAGGGUGAUAUAGCGCUGCUAACAGGGAUGCUCUCUCUUCGACUUCCUCCUCCUCUUCGGGAGGAGUACAUAAGGAUAUAAUAAGGACAUAUCCAUAAAAAGAGGUGUUGCGAUAAAAUGUGUGCUGUACAUUUACUUGAUAUUUAUUAUAAUUAUUUAUGGUUGCAUUAACUUAACUUUUACUGUCUUACCUCUGCACAUCAGAAACGUAACAUAUCUAAAAUGGAUUAUACAGAUGUAAAGAAUCAAAGGCAUUUGAGAUUUCUGUGUCAUAAUAAAGAAAUGUCUUCAUGUACAAAUUCUGUUUCCAUGGUGCGGUUCAUUUUUUCACUUUGACCAAGACAAUGUAUUUCUGACUAGUUUAGUGCUUCUGAAAAAACCAAACCUGUACUGGAUGCUCCAACACAAAUGUGUGUUUACUCCCUUUACAGACCACUGUUGACAUAAAUAGAGUGCAUGCAUGUCACAUGCCUGCACAGAUGAUGUACUGUAUGCUCAUCAUGAUGGAUGAUCACCAUGAAGCAUGUUUUGCUCCCUGUUGGGUGUGUUUUUUAUAGAAGGACCCAUGAGUGAGUGAGCUUACAUCACCACUGACUGUAAACCCAUGAUUGCAUAAUAACUGUCCAGGAUUUCCUGCAUCUGCCUGCAGUGGGAAACCAGUUAAAUCUGGUGGAGUCCAGCAAAAGUGUCAAAUAUCAUUUCUUUUGAAAUGCUGACAAUAAAGAAUUAAUUUAUUUAAAAUGUAACAACAAUUAGUUUAAAAUAUGUAGUUUUAAUGGAAGUCAGUGAGGCAAGUAUCU